GUCCGUUGCACAUUUUAUUUUAUAGGGGAACCCUAGGCGUUUUUGUUUUAGACCAUCCGAUAAAUAAUCUUUUGUUUACCGCUAUCUUGCAAUUUUUAAGGUAAAGUCCGACACUUCAGCGCCCUCGGUAAAGUACCCUGAUCCAAUAGUUCAGUUAAGUAUAAAACGCAAAAAGCAACUGUUUAUAGUCCAGUUGGAUAUGCAAUCAAUCUGCAAUCAGUUGUUUUAAUUAAAUAUAUUAAUAUUGUAUUAACAUAAACAUGGCGAUAUCGGGCGCCAGCUAUUGUUUAAUGUUGAUAGUGUUUUGUUAUGCGAAUGCUCAUCCUCAUCAUUUUAAUAGUGAUGAAUUUUUGGCUCAAGAAGUUCCCAUUAUACCUGCUUUGAAUGUCUCAGAAUCGUAUCCACACUACACGCGAGCGGAUUGGCUCGCAGCCCCAGCCACUGACGUCGAGCCUCUCUCCACACCAGUGCCAUACGUGGUCAUCCACCACACAUACAUUCCUAGCGCAUGCAACACCACUGCCCAAUGCGUCACUGCCAUGAGAUCUAUGCAGGAGUACCACCAGAGCCUGGGCUGGGGUGACAUUGGAUACAACUUUGCAGUCGGAAGUGAAGGAGGCGCCUAUGAAGGCAGAGGUUGGGACACCGUUGGCAUCCACGCUGGGAGAGCUAAUAACUAUAGUAUUGGAAUCGUUCUGAUCGGUGAUUGGCGAGUAAACCUCCCGCCUGCCAAACAGCUGACCACAACAAAGGCCCUCAUUGCUAAAGGACUGAACGAUGGCGUGAUCAGUCCUCAGUACCGCCUGAUAGGCCACAGUCAAGUCAUGGCCACUGAAUGCCCAGGGGGAGCACUGCUUACCCACAUAGCCACUUGGGACCACUACUGGCCCGGCCAUGUGGAGUUUAGGGCUACAACCAACAGUCCCAGUUCUACUUCCAAUAAUUUGUGACAUGGAUGAAGCUGGAGUUAGUAUUUAAUUUUUAUUUUAACUUAAUGAUUGUUACAAGUACUCAGUGUAACUUAAAAUGUUUAAUUGAGGGUUGGUACUUGACGGUACUAUUUCUUCUUUAUUGACUAGACCGUCUCCCGAUUUCUGUAAACUGUCGUUAACCCAUUUAGCGCUAAUCACGACACGUUGUCGAAUUGCCUCUACGAAGCAUAUCCGCUACUUACCGGGAAAUCCAUGUUAUUAGCUACGCGUUACACUACGACCGUAGCUCAUCGGUGAAUGUGUUAGUACUGUGCAAUUGUGCAUUAUGUGUGUAGUAGGUACACGACGCAUGUUAAAUAAAUGUUAAGAGCUCUUGUCUUCAAGUGUUUUAUGUAUAAAUAUAUUUGUUAUUUGGAAUAAUAUAAGUUCUUUGUAAUUAAA